AUGGUGGUUCCUCCCGUGGGCAUGCCCCUGACGAAGCACAGCUCUCUGCGGCGCGAGGGAUCAGGGGGGUGGGCGGCGGCCGAGGGCCACCGAGGGCCGCCGAAGGGCGCCGUUGGCCCGCCGAGGGCCCUCGGCGAACCGGCGGCGGGCCUCCAGCGGGCCGCCGGCGGGCCGUCGAUGGUCGCCGUCGGCGCGGGCUGGCCGUCGGUGGCCGUCGCCGCCUCCCGGCGGACCGGCGCUCUCGCGGCGGAGGACGCCCUCCGUACGCUCCACAAGCCGCCAGAAUCGCCCCCAGGCCUGCGCGACGCCGACGAUCGCAGACAGCCCCCGAGCGACUUCGUCGACGCGGCGCGCUUCCAAGAGGACUGCUACGAUCACAUGCAGAAUAUCGCCAACAUGGCCACCCUGGCCAAGAAGGCCAACAAGACGGAGGAUGCAGAAAGACACGACAUGGAGCUGAUGGUAUUGAAGAGCGCGCUGGCGUCACUUCAGCCAGUGCGAGAACAGAAGCGAGAUUUCAACUGGAAGCUCGGUGAAACCAGGGACAAGAUGGCGUCGACGCAGAGCAGAAUCAGAGACUUAGUCGCCACAGAGAGGGAGAUCGAGAUGGAGAUCGCGCAGCUGGAGUCCUGCAAGAACGAGUUAGAGGAGAUGCAGGUACAGCAGCCAGUCCAGCCAGCAGUGCCUCAACCUGCGCAGCAGGAUCUGAUCAAGUUCCUGCUGAGCAUGGAUGACAGGCAGACCAAGCAAGAGCAGCAGAUGGCGACACUGAUGGGGCCUGGCAGCGCCUGCCCCGAUCACGCCGCCCUGCAAGGCGGCCCCGCGGUCGCCAAUCGGAGGGGUGCCAACUCCAACGAGACCGUUGUCGCUUACCAUGCCUUCUGCGCAAGCCACGCCGAUUGCGCCGACCUCGCCGGUCAUCGUGGGGGAGGCGACCAGCACGCAGGCUUCGAUUGCGGCAGCAGCGGCGAGAAGAUCAACACAGCACGAGGGUGGAUUGCAAGUGAAGCCGCCCUCGGAACAGAUAUCACCGACCGAGCCGACGGGCGCCCAGGUGCAGAGCGAGGUGGAGAAGAUCGAUGCAGCGUGCAGAUCAGCGAGGGCAACGUCAACGGCAGCAUCAUCGGCAGCAGCAUCAAGAUCGACGGCUACGAGCGCUUCGGGACUUGCAAGAUAACCAUCGACUCGGGCCCCCUGAGUACCAUCAGGGCUGCGGAGGGCUCGUGCAUUCCAGGAUCGGACCCUGGGUUGGCGCAGUUGGUCAAAGUCACCUGGGGCCUGGCCUGCUCGAAAGCUGAUGUGUCCACCGGACGCGUGAAGGCCCACUGUGGCCAUCCUGCCAAUGUGCUGGUUGACAAUGCGGCAGAAGCCGCGGCUCGGGGCCUCGUGGGGCCGCCUAGGAGUUUGCCUGACAACUUGAUCCAGGCCGUCUCCUUCUGCACCUCCAGGCCUUGGGGAUGGCUGUGCGCGGACUGUGACGUUAAAAGCGCGUGCCCCGAGGUUUUGAUUGACGGGAACUCCAUUAAGUUGGAAGGAACCGCGCCGACGGCGAGAGCAGAUUUAGAUGAGGAGCCCCAGGACCACAAGGCCCCCCCCCCCAGAGUUGUCGAGAUAGCUGUAGGUUUCAAGACUGCCACCUUUAAUGCGCAGUCGCUGAGACAAGUGCACAGGCGUGGUGCCAAGGGCCGCAACCGCGCCAGGCGAGCUGCUGCUCUGCGCACCCAGCUGCAGCACCAAGGCAUCAAUCUGCAUGUGCUGGUAGCACUUGCACCGCACUCUGCGCAUCAGGCGGCUGUCAAGCGCGCGUUCUGGACGAGAUUGAAAGAAGUGUCAGCCAAGCGGCCGCCCAAUGCUUGCAUGAUAGACGGCAACUGUCACCUCCAGGGGGAAGGAGAGGAUGGGGCUGCGGGUGGAUGGGGUCUCACUGGCAGCAUGGGCGCAGAGAGUUUCAGAAUGCCAGAGUGGCUUGACCUCGAGAAAGUAAAAGCUGCCAACACUUUCCAGGGGGGGCAUGAGUGCGACUACAAAUUCACCGCGGGCAAGUCCCAAACCAAACAUCGGAUAGACUUUCUCGUCGCUGACGAAGGAGUCUAUAACUGCAUGAGUGAAAUCAGAGUUGACUACGGGGUAGAUCUUGUACGCAAGCAGGAUGGCCACUUCCCUGUCAGUGCCAGAAUCAGGCAGUGCGAAAAAGGCAGCAUCUGGACGGACGCGCAAGAUUUAGGGCUGUUCGGUGCUCAGUCUGAAUUGGGGAAGGACCUCGCCACGGGCUGGGCGAAGCUACGAAAUGCCGGCGCGGAUUUUUCCUGGAAAAGACUUGGGGUAGAGGAGUGGGCCCUUCACCCGGUCAAGUUCAUUAGUGAGACCAAGGCUGUUAUGCUGGAAGCACUUGACAGGGACUACGCGAGGUCCCUUGAGAGUAACGCGGCUUUUCUUAGCGAUUGCAUUGAUGCCAAGACACCUCAGCCUGAGUGGAACACUGCCCACAGGCUCCUACUGCACGGCGGUAAGCGACAUAAGGAGACGCUUGCUUUCCCUAUGCGCAUCGAUGCUCAAGGGAAGAAGAGCACGAUCGCGUGCUUCCUGGAUCUGACCGCCGCCUCUUACUCUGUCAUGAAGCAGUUUAUCUUAAGGCUGCCUGCAGAGGAGGAGGAGUUGAGGGAGGCUUUGAGUCAAGUUGGGAUCCCAGAGGCUCUGUUUAUUGUUUCCAAUGCCCUUGAGGGGCAGCCGAUACUCGAUCAUAUCAUCGAGGAUGAGCAUCUCCUGGAAAUGGUGAGGGACACCCAGGCUGGGGCCUUCUGGAAGGUCCGUGAGGCCACGGCCUUUGCGAGGCCUGCGCUUGGUACCAGGCCAGGGACGACUCUUGCCGCCGACGGGUUUAACGUUGGCUUCAAACAAGUGAUCGCAGGCACCGAGCAUGACAUGAAGCAGGCUUGCCUGGACUGGCAUCCGGAUGAAGUCGCCGCGCAUUUCUGUACAGCAGGAUUGGAGCUCGAUUGGCAGCUCGGCCUCUUUUGGAUGACCUCGCGCCUGUUGCCGCUGUUGAAUGUGCUAUUGAUGUUCCGAUCCAGACGCGCUGUUUUCGAAUCGGACCUCAUCACUGGCAGCAGGCGUACCAUCAGGACAAUAGCUACUCCAAGAGCAGGAGUGGAGGUGGCCGCAGUGGAUCCACACGCGCACGCAGACAACGACGACACCGCGACCGACGAGACAGAUAUAGAGGGGGCGACAACAGAGAUCGCGAGCGUGGACAUGACGCACAUCGCGAAGCAGAUCGAGCACCACAGCGCGCAGCUGGACCAUCGGCUCCACGCCCAGACGCUCUGGCUGAACGAGACCCAUGGAGAGCUGCAGCGACUGGCCAAUAAUUGCGCGCAGGAGCUAGCGGAGGACCUGUUCGACAUCACGGACCUGGGCACAUUCUUCUCUCGCCGCGUGCUAAGCGUCAAGUUGCGGAGGCUGGCCACGUUGGGAAAGGAGCAAAUCGCAGCGGCGACGGCGCAACUCACGGCAACGGCGAAUUCUUUCAUUGCUCAACAGCAGCAGCUCUUCAACGCGCAGGUGCACGAGUUCUUGGCAGCCAGCGAGCAGAACGCGUCACACCCCGAAUUCCAGACCCUGCAGCGUUCAGCAGCGGAGCACCGAGAGCAAUGUCACCAGCGGCUAUCAAGACGGCGCUGGCGGAAUGGAGACAUGCUUCCGGGGUGCCUGUUGAUCAACUCACUCUUCAUGGGCACGUGCCCCAACGACGGUUUCACUUACAAGUUCAAGGCGGAGCAGCCGCCCCUGCUCGAGCCCUGGCAGUCUCUCGCGCCCUCAAGCAGGGUUGCCCUCCUCACCAUCACAAGUGAUAAGGACAACUUCACCAUGGAUCUCAUGAACGCUCACAACUCCGAGCUGGAUGACCAAGCGCAGGACAAUAUAUUGGCAAAAUGGAUGGAACUUGCCGUUUGGAGCCUGCAAGACCCCUCUACGGGAGCAUUUCUAGCUGCUGGUGGCUUCAAUGCCAUGUCAGGCGCGGCCCGCAGCUACGUGGACCCCAUCGCGGAAGGCUCCAUCCUUGGCUCUGUUCCUGCAGACCUGAGUCGUGGAUCGCAGCCUUUGCAAGCAUACUGGGAACGCCUUUUCUUUAUGCUCACUGAAGUCUCGACUGAUUGCCCCACGCACUAUUGCAGAGACACGGCCACCGCAGCCACAUUGGAUCGCAUCUUUAUCGGGCGCAUAUUCGCGCUGAGGGCAAUGGCAAGAUGUAUCUGGCGAAACGACAUCCACGCGGCUCAGAAGCUGAAGGCCACCGCCGCCGACGGCGCGCGCUUCUUCCACGUGUCUAACGGCGACGUAGGGCUCCUCGACAGGCAGGAGUUCGCCCUCAUCGCAAACGCCGCCAACUACGAGUUCGGACAGAUGGAUGCCAGACUUGCUGAACACAGGGCGUCCAAAGAGGAGGGGGCGGUGGUCGAGGGCGAGAGGAGUGCCUCCACAAAGUUGCCCCUCAGCAAGAUCGCUUACCUCUUAGACUUCCGACUGAGCCCGAACUCGGACACGCCCUCAAAUUUGUUCGGCGAUCAGCCCCUGGCCCUGAUCAACUUCCGCACGCAGCGUGGCGCUGCUCCCGCCGAGAAGCUGCCGGCUAUCGCGGGGGCCAAGUCCGGCAACAAGUUCCAGCGCGCCGCCGAGGAGGUCCGCAGGCGGCAAGCCUCGCUACACGUGCGCAACCUGCAGUGCCUUCACAGCUUGAACGACGAGGUGCUCGCUUUGCAGUCCCAGCUGCGCGGUCUCGUGACGCAGGGCGAGAGCAUGCGCAUCCCCUCCGUGACCGCUGCGGAGAAGGAGGGCGCCUUCCAGCUCGUGACGCAGCUGCUGAUGGCUGCCCUCUCGGAGGCCGCCCGCCUGGCCGCCAACCCAGAGCUCUCCUCCCAGCAGGUGCUCGAGAAGGCCUUUGCGUUCUGCCUGGCGCUGCAGCACUCGCGCGAGCUGGCCCUCUCCUGCGAGGCCAAAACGCAGGCCUUGAAGCUGGCGUCGCUGCUCGACGUGGAGCUGCUGCGGCAGAUCUUCUCUGGGCCCCUGAGGCUGAGGCUUCUGGCGGCGGGCGCCGCGAGGUCGAGCGGAGCCGGGACGCCCCUGGCCUCGCAGCAGCGCAGAGGAACUCGGGCGAGCACGCCGUCGCUUCCCUCCCACGAACUGAGACGAGGGCGCGUCAGCGUGCGGGGGAGCAGCGACCACUGGCCCGAUGCGGUCGAGGCCUUUGUCGCCCGGAUCCUCCAGGGUCUCGCCGAGCCGCUGGUUUCACCCAAGGCGCCGCCCGACAAGUGCGACGACGCCGACUCCGCGCCCACCGCCGCGGGAGACUGCUAG